AUGGCUGAACUCGCUCGGGAAAGAAAAUCGCUCACUGACUUGCUGGCAAAGUCCUUGCAGCGACCCUCCUUUGCUCGACAACGUUUUCAACUUUCCCCCGACAAAGAACGAGAUUUGUUCAUGGCUGGUCUAUUGAACAAGGUCGAUCGUCUUCAAAGUUGUCGACUCAUUAAUCAAGACGCUGAACCACCACGUGACGAAUUGGACGAUAUCCUCAGCUUCAUGUGCAGAACCGAAGAAGUUUUGGAGAACCAACGAGCAACUCUUGCAGCCGCCAUCUAA